CCACGGCCGCGCCCCGGGCACGCUCGGCGGCGCCCAACGAUGACCGCUCCCUGGCGGCGCCUCCGGAGUCUGGUUUGGGAAUACUGGGCCGGGCUCCUCGUGUGCGCCUUCUGGAUCCCGGACUCGCGCGGGAUGCCCCACGUCAUCCGAAUCGGAGGAAUCUUUGAGUAUGCAGACGGCCCCAACGCCCAGAUCAUGAACGCCGAGGAGCAUGCCUUUCGAUUUUCUGCCAACAUCAUCAACAGAAACAGGACACUGCUGCCCAACACAACCUUGACCUACGACAUCCAGAGGAUUCACUUCCACGACAGCUUCGAGGCCACCAAGAAGGCCUGUGACCAGCUGGCACUGGGGGUGGUGGCGAUCUUUGGUCCAUCCCAGGGCUCCUGCACCAAUGCCGUCCAGUCCAUCUGCAACGCGCUGGAGGUGCCCCACAUCCAGCUGCGCUGGAAGCACCACCCACUGGACAACAAAGACACCUUCUAUGUGAACCUGUACCCGGACUACGCCUCUCUCAGCCAUGCCAUCCUCGACCUGGUCCAGUACCUCAAGUGGCGGUCGGCCACCGUGGUCUAUGACGACAGCACAGGGCUCAUCCGACUGCAGGAGCUUAUCAUGGCCCCAUCAAGGUACAACAUCCGCCUGAAGAUCCGCCAGCUCCCCCUUGACUCUGAUGACUCGCGCCCGCUGCUCAAGGAGAUGAAGCGAGGCCGGGAAUUUCGCAUUAUCUUCGACUGCAGCCACACCAUGGCCGCCCAGAUCCUCAAGCAGGCCAUGGCAAUGGGCAUGAUGACCGAGUACUACCACUUCAUCUUCACCACCCUGGAUCUCUAUGCGUUAGACCUGGAGCCCUACCGCUACUCAGGGGUGAACCUGACGGGAUUCCGGAUCCUCAACGUGGACAACCCCCACGUCUCGGCCAUCGUGGAGAAGUGGUCCAUGGAGCGGCUGCAGGCGGCUCCCCGGGCAGAGUCUGGCCUGUUGGAUGGAGUGAUGAUGACUGACGCGGCCUUACUGUACGACGCCGUCCACAUCGUGUCCGUGUGCUACCAGCGGGCACCCCAGAUGACCGUGAACUCCCUGCAGUGCCAUCGGCACAAGGCGUGGCGCUUUGGCGGCCGCUUCAUGAACUUCAUCAAGGAGGCUCAAUGGGAAGGAUUAACAGGAAGGAUUGUUUUCAACAAAACCAGUGGCUUACGGACGGAUUUCGAUCUGGACAUCAUCAGCCUGAAGGAAGAUGGCCUAGAGAAGGUUGGGGUGUGGAGUCCUGCCGAGGGGCUCAACAUCACGGAGGUUGCCAGAGGCCGAGGCCCUAAUGUCACCGACUCUCUGACAAACAGGUCCCUCAUCGUCACCACUGUGCUGGAGGAGCCCUUUGUCAUGUUCCGGAAGUCCGACAGGACCCUGUUCGGGAAUGACCGGUUCGAGGGCUACUGCAUCGACCUGCUCAAGGAACUGGCCCACAUCCUGGGUUUCUCCUACGAGAUCCGGCUGGUGGAGGACGGGAAAUAUGGGGCACAGGACGACAAAGGCCAGUGGAACGGCAUGAUCAAGGAGCUCAUUGACCACAAGGCAGAUCUGGCUGUGGCCCCCCUGACCAUCACCCACGUCCGCGAGAAGGCCAUCGACUUCUCCAAGCCCUUCAUGACCCUCGGUGUGAGCAUCCUUUAUCGCAAGCCCAAUGGCACCAACCCCAGUGUCUUCUCCUUCCUCAACCCCCUGUCCCCAGACAUCUGGAUGUACGUGCUCCUCGCCUACCUGGGUGUCAGCUGUGUCCUCUUUGUCAUCGCCAGGUUCAGCCCUUAUGAGUGGUAUGAUGCUCACCCCUGCAACCCUGGCUCCGAGGUGGUAGAAAAUAACUUCACUCUGCUGAACAGCUUCUGGUUUGGAAUGGGGUCCUUGAUGCAGCAAGGGUCUGAACUGAUGCCCAAAGCCCUGUCCACACGCAUCAUCGGUGGCAUCUGGUGGUUCUUCACGCUGAUCAUCAUCUCCUCCUAUACGGCCAACCUGGCUGCCUUUCUGACCGUGGAGCGCAUGGAAUCGCCCAUCGACUCUGCCGAUGACCUGGCCAAGCAAACCAAAAUCGAGUAUGGGGCCGUCAAGGACGGGGCCACCAUGACCUUCUUCAAGAAAUCCAAGAUCUCCACUUUCGAGAAGAUGUGGGCCUUCAUGAGCAGCAAGCCCUCGGCACUGGUGAAAAACAAUGAGGAGGGCAUCCAGCGGACGCUGACAGCCGACUAUGCGCUGCUCAUGGAGUCCACCACCAUCGAAUACGUCACCCAGAGGAACUGCAACCUCACCCAGAUCGGGGGCCUCAUCGACUCCAAGGGCUACGGCAUUGGCACGCCCAUGGGCUCCCCAUACCGCGACAAGAUCACCAUCGCCAUCCUGCAGCUGCAGGAGGAGGACAAGCUGCACAUCAUGAAGGAGAAGUGGUGGCGGGGCAGCGGGUGUCCCGAGGAGGAAAACAAAGAGGCCAGCGCCCUGGGCAUCCAGAAGAUUGGGGGCAUCUUCAUCGUCCUGGCCGCCGGGCUGGUCCUGUCCGUGCUGGUGGCUGUGGGCGAGUUUGUAUACAAGCUCCGCAAGACAGCAGAGCGAGAGCAGCGUUCCUUCUGCAGUACCAUGGCCGACGAGAUCCGCUUCUCCCUUACCUGCCAGCGUCGGGUCAAGCACAAGCCGCAGCCUCCCAUGAUGGUCAAGACUGAUGCCGUCAUCAACAUGCACACAUUCAACGAUCGCCGGCUUCCGGGCAAGGACAGCAUGACCUGCAGCACAUCACUGGCCCCCGUGUUCCCCUAGGCACAGGUGGGGUGGGGACCGCAGGCCUGCAGGCAGUGCAGAGGAAAGCAAAGGAGACUGGAAGGAACAUCCCCGGUCCCCAUACUGGGCUUGGGGACCAGAGCUGCUGCCUGCCUAUUGGGCCAGGAGUCCUCUGCCCUUACCUACCAGGAAACCAGCAGGCCCCCAGGCCAGCUGCUUGGGCUUCACCCUCCUUUUGUUUCUUCUAUGGGUUUCUAAAGCUGCCAGCCAAGACAGCCAAGGCCAAAGGAAGCACAUGCCUCUCUCAGGCCAAACUCACCUGCCCCUCGACUCUCUUCUACAGUCAGAAGUUUCUACCGCGGCCCUGCAGGGGCCAAAGAAAAUGGGAAACAGCUCUUAUAUUGCCACUCCUCCCCCGUGAGCCCAGGCCUCCUGGAACUUGACUGUGAGACCAGAGACACAAACCUUGGGUACCUUAAGGAUCUUAUGGUUUGGCUGCCAAUGGGAGCUGAAGAUGGGCAUGGCCGGCCCACAUGCCUGGACACAAGGAAGACUUCAUCCCCCAGGGGCUGCUUAUGUGGUCCUGAUCUCCUGGACUUGACACCACCCAUGGCAGCCCCUGUUUGGGCAAAGUUGAAGGCAGAGAGCCCCAUAGGGGAAACGAGGAGUUUGGAGGCUGGGGGAGAGGAGGAUACACAGAGACCGCCAUUUUGAAUUCUUCUGGACAAUGUCCCAAUGGGCCCUACUCCUCUAGGAGGUCUCUAGGAAUGGAGGAGUGGUCAGAGCAAAUUCUUCCCCACAUUCCAGCCAGAGGAAAGAAGACCCCCUGAAUCUCUGGCAAAGUAUGCCUAGAGACUACUGAGACAAUAUUUGAAGCCCAGAGGAACAGUGGAUUCCAUGGAAAUCCCUCAGGCCCUUGAGCCUGCAGAUUUUACUUUGCUGGUUACCAAGCUGUUUUCUAAACCCUGGUGGCAUUAGGGAGCUUGAGCUCUUUGCCAUCUACUCUUCAGCAGCUCCCCAUUCCUGGCCAGUUGACCUUGACCUUCUUCUGUCAUCAUGGAAGGAGGAAAGUAGCCUAGAUUGAAGUGAACGUCAUCACCCCUCCUCUAAAGAGGAUCAUGUCCAAUGGCACAGGCUAACUUUGGGGUAGAUGGGGAACGCCAGAAGGGCCCUUAAGAACACCUGGCCUCCUGGACUUGCCAAACCGAAAGAUGCUCCCCAGGAAAAGAAAGUGUUCAGGAGCAAAAUAGCCUCCCUGAUAGAGGCCCCCAUGGUGGGGAGGGAGAAGCUGCCUCCUGGAGAAUUAACCAAAGACCCCACACAGAGACACAAGGCCAUUAUGGCCCCUGAUCUCUUGUCCAGAGUAGUUGGGAACUUGUGGGGUUUGGAGGUUCUGCAGAGAAGUAGUAGCAGAUGAGGUACAGUGAAGGGUUGACCAGGUGAACUGUGGGUUCCAGCUAGCUGUGAUAGAUACCCUAGAGGUCUGUGACUCUAAGAUUCUGAGAGAAGAAUAAGACAUGGAGGGAUUAGGAACAAAGUGUCCUUAAAGAGAACACGAUGGAGCCAGCAGGCCUGCCCAUGGCCAAGGGCAGAGGGCAGGCUUUGAGCAAGGGAAAGGGGCCUGGAGACUCCGGGCAGGGACCCAGGAGAUACCAGCCACACCCCUCCACCACUCUCCUGUUUCUGCUUGGGGACCCUGGUUAGGGAAGAGCUACAUUUAGGUCUCAAGAACCUUCUCAGCUGGGGUGAAGGGUAAUCUCUGGCUCCCCUCAGGACUCCCAAAGCAGGAGAGCACAGUGGACUCCUGUGAUAAAUACCAUCCCUCCUCCAAACUGAGCUGCAGGGCCAAACCGACUGGUUCCCAGAAUCACAGUGGCUCCAACAGGCUGUGUGCACUGGAGGUAGGAGAAGAGGGCUGGACAUACCACGUAGCCAACACACGUCACGAUAGGAAAAGCCAUGCUGUUGUGAGCUCCUGGGUAUAGGAGUGUGUGUGUCUGUGUGUGUGUGCACGCAUAUAUGUGUAUCUUUGUAUGUCUCAU